GCUUGUAUAGCUUAAGUUACUGUGUAAUGUAUAAGCUUUAAAAUAAGCUAACUUCUGCAUCUAGGUACUAUUUAUUUUAGUAGUUUAAUUUUAUUGUUUACCCUUGCGUGAAAUAAGCAAACAAUAAAAUAUAGUAACUUAUACGAUAAAAUUUGUAGGUAAUGUAAAUAGCAUAUCUGUUCAUAUAAUAGACAUAACGGUCGUAGGUAAUUGCCAAUGUUGAUACCGCUAUCAGUUGUAAUCAACGCUGCCGGCGCACAACAACGCACUCAGAACAAAAGUUAACUUUCUUUAAAAAAACGUAUGGAUACUCAGUGAGACUAUCAAACCGUCACGUCACGUUGAAGAGGAAUACGUGACUAAAAAUGGUAAACCAAGACAGAGCAAAGCCCAAAACACUGGGCAGUAUCAUUUAUUUUUGUAAGGAAGACGACUAUUAUGCCAUUUACUACGACACCGGGGAACAAGCGCGACUGUACAUAUUGAAUUCGCACGUUUUUAGAUAUUACAUGUCCCCUAAAGGAGCGUUCACAGAAUACCCCGAACCCUUGAAUCCGAAAGACACUGCUAAAAUAGUAGUUAAGAAUACUGCAGAUUAUGGGAAGAAGGCUUUCAAUGAAUCUACCCUGGACAGCGACGAUGACUCUUACAUUGUUAAUACACAUAAAAUCCAAUUAUUUUUUGAUAAGCAAACCGCAACAAUGAGAAUUCGUGAUAAGAGAAAUAGUAAAACCGUCCUCAAAGAAUCACGAUCUUUAUCAUAUUACGAUUAUAAAUCGUCACAAAGAUUGCACCAAAACAAAGAUGAACAAUUCUUAGGAGGUGGUAUGCAAAACGGCAGGUUCACACAUAAAGGCGAAACGAUUAAUAUCGUCAACACAAACAACUGGAUUGACGGCGGUGUCACUUCUCCUAACCCUUUCUACUGGUCUUCGCACGGUUAUGGAAUAUUAAGAAAUACAUGGCAACCCGGAAUAUAUGAUUUCGGCACCAAAUCAAUGCACACAAUCAAAACUACUCACAAAGGGGAAGAUUUCGACGCAUUCUUUCUCAUAAACUCUCAACCUAAAGAUAUACUGAAUGAUUAUUACGAACUAACCGGGCGCCCUAUCUUCAUGCCUGAGUACGCCUUUUACGAAGCACAUCUCAAUGCUUUUAACAGAGACUAUUGGGUCGAAGUAUCCGCAGACACUCCUCGAGCAAUUCUGUUUGAAGACGGAAAGUAUUACAAAUGUUAUCAGCCUAAAGAUAUGGGAGAUAAGAAAGGGAUAUUGGAGUCAUUAAAUGGAGAAAAUAAUAACUAUCAGUUCUCUGCGCGCGGGAUGAUCGACAGAUACAAGAGGCAUGAUAUGCCGUUGGGCUUUUUUGUACCCAACGAUGGCUACGGUUGUGGCUACGGCCAAACAGACUCUCUAGAUGGCGACAUCGAAAAUUUAAAAGAGUUUGCCGACUAUUCCAGAUCUCACGGUGUUGAGGUCGCCUUAUGGACUGAAUCUAAUUUACACCCAGCCGAUCCAAACCACCCUAAAAAAGGAGAAAGAGAUUUAGGCAAAGAAGUUGCUGUAGCUGGAGUAGUAGCGCUGAAAUGUGAUGUAGCUUGGAUAGGAAGUGGUUAUUCCUUUGGUUUGACCGCUGUAGAAGACGCUACUAAAAUAUUCGUAAAACACACCAGGCGAAAUACACGGCCAAUGAUAAUAAUGGUAGACGGUUGGGCUGGCACCCAAAGGUAUUCGAGCAUAUGGAGCGGAGACCAAAAAGGGGGACAGUGGGAAUAUAUUCGCUUCCAUAUACCAACGUACAUCGGUUCUGGGCUAUCAGGCCAACCAAUUGUUGGCUCCGACUUGGACGGAAUUUACGCAGGCGGGGUAAAAGCUGUGAAUGUACGCGAUUUCCAAUGGAAAACGUUUACACCCUUACAACUAAACAUGGAUGGAUGGGGGGACAAGGCUAAAACUCCUUUUUCGUAUGACGACGAAGCCACAAAUAUCAACAGAGCUUACUUAAAACUGAAAUCUAUGUUGAUGCCAUAUAAUUACACAAUUGGACAUCAGUCCACUGAAGGACUGCCGAUGGUCCGAGCAAUGCUACUAGAGUUUCCAAAGGACACAGUAGCGUACACAACUAUCGUUCAGUACCAAUUCAUGUGGGGUCCUAAUAUAUUGGUAGCUCCAAUAUACAAUGAAGAUACCAUAGAUGGUAUUUCCGUUCGUAAUGUAAUAUAUCUACCAGAUAAAAAUACUAUUUGGAUAGAUUUCUUCACUGGCCAAAGGUAUAAAGGUGGUAUCAUUUUGAACAACUUCAGAUGUCCGUUGUGGAAAAUUCCUGUAUUUGUGAGAAGUGGAGCGAUUAUACCUAUGGUAAAUUCAAAUAAUAAUCCUUACGAAAUUAAACGAGACAAUAGAAUACUUACCUUAUAUCCUGAUGGUAAAUCCAAUUUCGAAAUUUAUGAAGAUGAUGGUAUCACAGCUGAUUAUGUUGAAGGCCUAUGUGGUAAAACUUUAAUUACCAUGGUAGGCCCAAAGUCAUACGAAAAAGACACGUUAUAUAUUUAUAUUGGAAAAACCAAUGGUUUUUAUACAGGAAUGGUGAAACAUAGGAAAACACUGUUCCAAAUAAAGACUUCAGAAAAACCAGAUAAAAUAAGAGUAGCCAUUAAUGGCAAUGAUCUAAGAAUGAUUGAAGCGCACACCAAAAAACAAUUCGAAGAAAAUGACAACGUAUACUUCUUUAAUGAUGAUUUCGUUAUAAAUCCUUAUCUUAUUUCUUUGGGAGGUGAAUGUCUACAACAAACAUUUAUUUUGAUCAAAAUUGCUAGCACUGACGUCACUGAAAGUGAAAUUCAAGUAAAAAUUUCCGGUUAUACAAGCGCAGGCCAGGUAUUUGGUGAAACAAAAGAAACAGAUUCUAUAAAUAAACCACAGGAAUUUGAAGCUCCAGAAAACAAAAUUACGCCUACCUCCAUAACUUUAAAAUGGAAUUUAACACCGGGAGCUGCUUACUACGAAAUAGACAAAGACGGCAAUGUGUAUACUAACGUGAUAGGAAACAGUUUUACAUUUGCAGAACUCAAGAAUGAAUCUAAGCAUUCUUUUAAGAUUCGCUCUAGUUCAGGGUUUGAAGUUUCAGAAUGGAGUGAAACUGUCGAGGCGAUUACGAAAGAGAGUCCAUACAAAAACACGCUUAAAGGUGUUAAAGUAUCAUGCAAUAUUCCCUGCAAGUCGAGUCACGAAGUGUGUAAAUUAACUGAUGGAGAUCUGAGCUGUAUGUGGCAUACUGAUUGGGGCGAAGAGGGUAAAGCCAAACCAGAAGAAGGGAAAUAUCUUACGCUUACGUUCGAUUUGGGUGAAAUUCGCGCGAUCGAAAAAGUCGACUAUGUACCACGCGAAGAUGGUGGCAAUGGAACUUUCCUGGAACUCCAGUAUCGCUUCUCGGACGAUGGCGUAAAAUGGAGCGACUAUUCCAACACGGUCGUGUUCCCACACGAUGAAACUAUUAAAAGUAUGACGCUAGGUCGCAAAUUUAGAUAUAUGGAGUUGAAAGUUUUGAAGACAGUCGGCUGUUUUGGCUCCGGAAAGCAAAUAUUAUUUUACCCAAAAAGUUGAUAAUCUUGUAUAAAACACUGCCAUUUUUAAGGUAUAAUAUUAUAUAGCAAUUAACAUAAUUAAAUAAAUUGGGGUGCCCUAACAUUACAAUUAUAAUUAUCAAUAUAAGCUUUCAAGA